AUGUCCUACUAUGAUAUUGACUCUAUCUUGACCGAUGCACAAAAACUACCAUGUACAUUUGAACUCGAAGUCCCUGGACUCGGUAUCCUGGAGGGCAAUCCUGGCGAAGAUAUUAAAGCCGGAACCCGCAUUGAUCUUCCACUAUGGCUAGGUGAAAUGCUGUCAAUUGGAGCACGCCUGGGAACAUCACGUCUAGUUACACUCGACAUGCCCGAUGCGCUUUCGGAGCGAGUGAUGAAUGCCCUGAAGGCCGAUCCUCGCACCGUCGACUUGCGCGCAUUAGCACCACAUUUCUACAAUCUUAGCGAGCGCAUCCUCGAACUCUUCGAGGAAGAAGAGAUGGUGGAUGUUCUCAGUGAUACAUUCAAGAAACGGGCGGCAGAGAUCGCUGACCAUGCGCACAACUCACGUGGCGCGGUCGGUGACGGAGUUGAUUUUCUCCGCGGGCUGGAUGAGACAGAACGACAAUUGUUCCGCGCUGCUCAUGAUCGGGCGAAGGAUAUGCGAAUCUGGUCUGGAGAGGCGAAACGAAAGUAA